AUGGAUUUCAUUAAGCAGGCAGUUUCCAGCGCUGGCGGCAAGCACGAGGACAAGCCUGCCGAGAACAGCACCCAGCAGAACCAGGACUACGUUGACAAGGCCUUCGCUGCCGGUGUCAAGAAGUCUGGCUUCAACCUCGACAGCAACAUGCAGGAGAAGAUCACCGACGGUGCCCGCGAGGCCUACGAGAAGGCCACUGGCAAGCAAGUCAGCGAGAAGAUCUCCAACUAA